UCAAAACUCGAGCCCAACGACUCUCACCGUCCAAUUUCUUUUCCUUCUUUACUCUCUUGCUUUCCUUUCCGGUUUGGAACUUACAGAGGCCUCUCGUUUCUCUCAAAAUCCUUCCUUAUUACUCUAGAUUUCGUCUUCUCAAAUCAUGUUUGAGCCCCAACAUUUCGUCGAUUUGCAAGAUAACAAUGCUUUCGCCGAUAAUCAAUCAUGGCUUUCCGGCGACCACAACUCGUCCCCGACUCCGCUCCUCAGUCUCUCUUCACUCUCCAGUGCAUCGAUUUCAACUUCGGCAACUACUGCUGGUGGCGCUAAUGGAAAUGUUGAUCGCGAACUCUACAACAAUCUCGUCGAGAUGGUGCCUCUCGUUCAGUCUCUCAUUGAUCGGAAAGCGAGCAGUUCAUUCUCGAAGCGGGGUUCCAUGAUUUACACGAAGACGCCUUCUAGAGAAUCAUUGCACAGGAAAAAAGGUAGGAAUAUUGGCCAUUCUGUUCCGACCAAGAAUAAAAAAGAUCAUGGCAACAAGGACCAAGGUCGCGACGUUGAUAAUAAUCCAGAUGAUGAUGCCUUUGCAGUGUUGUCCUCAAGUUCAUUGGUCUCUGAAAGAGACAACGAAGAGCUAACCACAUUGAGAGAACAAUUGGAGGAUCUGCAAAAGAAAUUGCUUGAAAAGGAUGAACUUCUAAAAUCAGCAGAGAUGUCAAAUGACCAGAUGAACAGUGUUUAUGCAAAGCUUGAUGCUUUGAAUCUCCAGUCUGUAGAGAAGGAUUCUAGGAUAAAGUCUAUUCAUUCCCAACUUUCAGAUGCAAAGAUUAAGCUUGCUGAUAAGCAAGCUGCCUUGGAGAAGAUGCAAUGGGAGGUAAUGACAUCGAAUUCAAAAAUAGAAGAACUUCAAGAAGAGCUAAUGUCCUCGCAAGGAGACGUUUCAUCGUUUAUGCUGUUACUUGAGGGCUUGACGAAGAAUGAUUGCAAUGAAGGCACGGAGGAUUAUAGUCUUUCGUUGCAUCUCCCGGAGAGCUGCCCUUAUAUUGAUGAUAUGGACGACCUGGAAAUGCAGAAAAUGGAAGAAGCAAGCCAAGCUUAUGUAGCUGCUGUUGCUGCUGCAAAGGCAAGGCAAGAUGAAGAAUCUAUUGCUGCUGCUGCAACUGCAAGAUCAUGUCUUCAGUCAUUCGUUUUCAGGACUAAAGUUUCAGACGUUUAUUAGAAUGAUCAAGUCAAUCGCGCUCGCUGCAUUCAGCAUUCAAAUGGUAUCAAUUGGCAUUUCAACAUUCAUAUGGUGUUCUCCAUGGGGGGUUACUCAAGUUAUUUAUUUGUGAUAAUUUGUGGAAUAUGAAAAAGGGAACAUUUGUUUCAUUUUGUAUGUAUGAUGUAUGUAACCUUCCCCAUAUCUGUGUUUAAUGGUAAUGCACUAGGGCGACAACUCCCAUGUUCUUCAAUC